CGGAUCUGCUCAGUUCGAUCCUUCUUCGACUGACAGCUUUACUUGCGAAAUAAAUAACUGUUCGUCGUCUUCUCAAUCUCAAGACACAAACAAUUGUCAUUUCGUGUUAUCCCAUCCUACGAGACACCUUGCACUCCAAUUUACAAAGGAACUAUCCUUCAUUCUUCAUUGUUUUAGACUUUUCGCAUCUCAUCUUUAUACAUACACAUAUACAACACCAUGUCCUUCGCUGUUCCCCCUACUGAAGCUGCUGGAACUGCCCAUGCUACCGCUGCUGCCAACAGCAUUCCUGCUCCUGCUGCUAACUCUCGGGUUCUUCAACGUAACACCCCUAAGACCCCUGCUGGACCCCACAAGCCCGUGACUGCAUUCACUGGUGAAGAGAAGGAUCUCACCAUUGCCACACUUGCUCUGCAAGAUGGCUCUUAUUACCAAGGUAUCUCCUUUGGUUCCGAGAAGAAAAGCAUUUCUGGUGAAAUGGUCUUCCAAACUGGUAUGGUCGGCUACCCAGAGUCUUUGACGGAUCCUUCCUACAGAGGACAAAUCUUGGUCAUCACCUUCCCUCUUGUUGGUAACUAUGGUGUUCCCUCCCGUGAAGAAAUGGACGAUCUCCUCAAAGAUAUUCCAAAGUACUUUGAGUCAAACCAAAUCCACAUUGCUGGUCUUAUUGUUGGUAAUUACGCAAAGGAUUACUCUCACUACUUGGCUCACUCCUCCUUGGCAACCUGGUUGAAGGAGAACGAUAUCCCAGCUCUCUAUGGCCUUGAUACUCGUGCAUUGACCAAGAAGAUCAGAACUCAAGGUGUUCUCCUCUCCAAGAUCUUGUUCCCCAAGUCUAGCUCCGUUUUGGACAAUGCUGCUUCUGCUUUCGGUAUUUCCACUUCAGAUGAUCAAGCAUCUUGGGCAGACAAGCUUCAGGAUGUUGAAUGGGUUGAUCCCAAUACUCGCAACUUGGUCGCUGAAGUUUCUUUGAAGGAGCCAAAGUUGUAUUGCCCUGAACCUUCCAAGGCUGUCAAGACCGCUAGUGGCCGUACUCUUCGUAUUCUUGCUGUUGAUGUCGGUAUGAAGUACAACCAAAUCCGCUGCUUUGUCAACCGCGGUGUCGAACUCAAGGUCGUGCCAUGGGAUUAUGACUUCACUACUGAGCCUACUGACACCUUUGAUGGUUUGUUCUUGUCCAACGGUCCUGGUGAUCCUACUAUGGUGGAAGGCACCAUUGCUCACAUUCGUACCAUGUUGAAGGAGGCUAAGAAGCCCAUCUUUGGUAUCUGUUUGGGUCACCAACUUCUUGCUCUUGCCUCUGGCGCAAAGACUCUCAAGAUGAAGUACGGUAACCGUGGUCACAACAUUCCAUGCACAGACAUGAUCUCCGGACGCUGCUAUAUCACUUCCCAAAACCACGGUUAUGCCGUUGAUGCUACCACUUUGACUGGUGAUUUCCAAGAGCUCUUUGUCAAUGCCAACGAUGGUUCCAACGAAGGUAUCAUGCACAAGACUUUGCCCUUCUUCUCCGUUCAGUUCCAUCCAGAAUCCACUCCCGGUCCCAGAGAUACUGAAUUCUUGUUCGAUGUCUUCAUCAACACUACCAAGGAGUGCGCUGAUCAAGGCAAGCUUGUUCCUGUCACCAUGCCUGGUGGCUUGAAGGCUGAUAACUACGCUCGUAACCCCAGAGUUUAUGUCAAGAAGGUUCUUGUUCUCGGUUCCGGUGGUCUUUCCAUCGGUCAAGCUGGUGAAUUCGAUUACUCUGGUUCUCAAGCUAUCAAGGCUUUGAAGGAGGAAGGCAUUUACACCAUUUUGAUCAAUCCUAAUAUUGCCACCAUUCAAACCUCCAAGGGUCUUGCUGACAAGGUUUACUUCCUUCCUGUCACUCCUGAUUUCGUCCGUAAGGUCAUUGAAUACGAGAAGCCCGAAGGUAUCUACGUCACUUUUGGUGGUCAGACCGCUUUGAACGUCGGUAUCAAGUUGAAGGAUGAGUUCGAAGGUCUUGGUGUCAAGGUUCUUGGUACUCAAAUCGACACUAUCAUCACUACUGAGGAUCGUGAUCUUUUCGCUCAAGCCUUGUAUGAGAUUGACGAGAAGUGUGCUCCCUCUGCCUCUGCUGUCACUGUUCCCGAAGCUUUGGCUGCUGCCAAGAAUAUCGGCUACCCCGUUAUUUGCCGUGCUGCUUAUGCUCUCGGUGGUCUUGGUUCCGGUUUCGCUAACAAUGAGCCUGAACUUGUUGCUCUCUGCAACAAGGCCUUUGCCACCUCUCCUCAAGUUUUGAUCGAAAAGUCAAUGAAGGGCUGGAAAGAAAUUGAGUACGAAGUUGUCAGAGAUUGCCAAGACAACUGUAUCACUGUCUGUAACAUGGAGAACUUUGAUCCUUUGGGUAUCCACACUGGUGACUCCAUUGUCGUUGCUCCUUCCCAAACCCUUUCUGAUGAAGACUACAACAUGCUCCGUACCACUGCUGUCAAUGUCAUUCGUCAUCUUGGUGUUGUCGGUGAAUGUAACAUUCAGUAUGCUCUUAACCCCUUCUCCAAGGAAUACUGCAUCAUUGAAGUCAACGCUCGUCUCUCUCGUUCUUCCGCUCUUGCCUCCAAGGCUACUGGCUACCCUCUUGCCUUCGUUGCCGCCAAGUUGGGUCUCGGUAUUCCCUUGAACGAAAUUAAGAACAGUGUCACCAAGAAGACCUGUGCUUGCUUCGAGCCUUCUCUCGAUUACGUCGUUGUCAAGAUUCCUCGUUGGGAUUUGAAGAAGUUCAACCGUGUCAGCACUGCCCUUUCUUCUUCCAUGAAGUCUGUUGGUGAGGUUAUGGCUGUUGGUAGAACAUUUGAGGAAACCAUCCAAAAGGCUAUCCGUGCUAUUGAUUACCAUCUUGUUGGUUUCUCUGCCAAUGACUUCAUUGAUGACGAGAACAUCGACUACGAGUUGAGCAACCCCUCUGAUCAACGUUUGUUCGCUAUUGCUAAUGCUAUGCACAAGGGUUAUACCGUUGACCGUAUUUGGGAACUCACCAAGAUUGACAAGUGGUUCUUGAACAAGUUGAAGCACAUUGUUGAUCUCGAGAACCGUCUUGGAGGAUUUGCUGCUAACAACAUUCCCGGUAACAUGCUCCGUGCUGCCAAGCAACUUGGUUUCUCUGAUCGCCAGAUUGCCAACCAAAUCAACAGCAAUGAAUUUGCCGUUCGCAGAAUUCGUCAAGAAUAUGGAGUUACUCCUUUCGUUAAGCAGAUCGAUACUGUUGCUGCUGAAUUCCCUGCUUACACCAACUACUUGUAUAUCACUUACAACGCUGUUGAGCACGAUAUUGAAUUCAACGAUAAUGGUAUCAUGGUGCUCGGUUCCGGUGUCUACCGUAUUGGUUCUUCCGUCGAAUUCGAUUGGUGUGCUGUCCGCGCCAUCCGUACUCUCCGUGAAAAGGGUAUCAAGACCAUCAUGGUUAACUACAACCCUGAAACUGUUUCCACUGAUUACGAUGAAGCUGAUCGUCUGUACUUCGAGAACAUCAACCUUGAACGUGUCUUGGAUAUCUACGAGAUUGAAAACUCCGCUGGUGUGAUCAUGUCCAUGGGUGGUCAAACUCCCAACAACAUCGCUUUGCCUUUGUUCCGCCAGAACGUCAAGAUCCUUGGUACUUCUCCCGAAAUGAUUGACAGUGCUGAAAACAGAUACAAGUUCUCUCGUCUCUGUGACAAGAUUGGUGUUGAUCAGCCCCUUUGGAAGGAACUUACUAGUUACACUGAGGCUGAUUCUUUCUGUGAGAACGUUGGUUACCCAGUCCUUGUUCGUCCAUCUUACGUCUUGUCUGGUGCUGCUAUGAACGUUGUGUUCUCCAAGGAUGAUCUUCACGCCUACCUUAAGGAGGCUGCUGCUGUCUCUAGAGAAUACCCUGUUGUCAUUUCCAAGUACAUUGAGGAAGCCAAGGAAAUUGAAAUGGAUGCUGUUGCUAUUGGAGGAAAGAUGGUCAUGCAUGUCAUCUCUGAGCACGUUGAAAACGCUGGUGUUCACUCUGGUGAUGCCACUCUCGUCCUUCCCCCUCAGGAUUUGGAUGAAGAGACUGUCCGCAAGAUUGAAGUUGCCACUGCUAAGAUUGGUCAAGCUUUGAACGUCACCGGUCCUUUCAACAUUCAGUUCAUUGCCAAGAACAACGAAAUUAAGGUCAUCGAAUGUAACGUUCGUGCCGCUCGUUCCACUCCUUUCGUCUCCAAGGUUCUUGAUGUUGACUUGAUCGAGAUGGCUACCCACGCCAUGCUUGGCCUGCCGGUUACUCCUUAUCCCAAGGUUGUCAUUCCCAAGAACUAUGUUGGUAUCAAGGUUCCUCAGUUCUCUUUCAGCCGUCUUUCUGGUGCUGAUCCUGUCCUUGGUGUUGAGAUGGCUUCUACUGGUGAAGUUGCCUGUUUCGGUACUGAUAAGUAUGAUGCUUACCUCAAGUCUCUUCUUGCUACUGGCUUCACUCUUCCCAAGAAGAACAUCCUUCUUUCUAUUGGUUCCUUCAAGGAGAAGCAAGAGAUGUUGCCUUCUAUCAAGAAACUCCACGAGAUGGGUUACAACAUUUUUGCCACUUCUGGUACUGCCGAUUUUAUUCAGGAGCAUGAGAUCCCUGUCAAGUAUCUUGAGACUUUGGAAGGUGCCGGUGAUGACAAGAUGAAGGCCGAAUACUCUCUUCAACAGCAUUUAUCCAACAACUUGAUUGAUAUGUACAUCAACUUGCCAUCUCGCAACAGAUUCCGUCGUCCUGCCUCUUACAUGUCUAAGGGUUACAAGUCUCGUCGUAUGGCUGUUGACUACUCCAUUCCUCUUCUCACUAACGUCAAGUGCGCCAAGCUCUUCAUUGAGGCACUUGCUCGCAAGAAGCCUUUCGAGAUUAGCAGUGUUGAUUACAAGACUAGCCACACCAGUGCUAUCUUGCCUGGUCUUUUCAACGUUGGUGCCUUUGUCCCUGCUAAGGAAGACUUCGAAGAUGUCACCAAGGCUUCUGUUGAUGGCGGUUUCACCACCAUUUCUGCCAUUCCUGACGGUGUUGACUCUACCAAGACUUUGGCUGAUGUUACCGCAUAUGUCCGUGAUAAGGCUCAUAUCGACUACUUGUUGAACAUUGCUGGUACUGCUGAGAACGCUGAGGAGCUCACAUCUAAUGAUGAUCAAGCUUCCGCUCUCUAUGCUCUUACCGAGAAGAUUGGAUCUGGAAAGAUCUCUGUUGUUGAUUCUCUGUUCACCUCAUGGCCAUCUGGCAGCCCUAUUGUCACUGAUGCCAAGGGUACCGAUCUCGCCUCUAUCUUGUUGCUUGCCAGCUUGCACAGCCGUCCUGUCCACGUUUCCAACGUCACCAACAAGGAUGAUCUUGGUUUGAUUCGCAUGAGUAAGGAAAAGGGUCUGGCUAUUACUUGUGAUGUUGCCGUCUACUCGCUCUUUUUGACCGCUGAGGAGACUGGCUCCAAGUUGUUGCCAACUGAGCGUGACCAAGCCGCCAUCUGGAAGAACCUCAGCAGCAUUGACUGUUUCUCUGUUGGCUCUUUGCCUUAUAACCUUGCUAAGGAGCUCGGAAAGUCUGCUUCUGCCACCACUGGUGUCGCUGAUGCUCUUCCUCUUUUGCUUACUGCUGUCAGCCAAGGCAAGCUCACUCUUCAAGACAUUGAGGAGCGCAUGCAUGACAACCCAAGCCGCAUCUUUGGAUUGUCUCCUCAACCCGAUACUUACAUCGAGGUUGAAAUCGACCGUGUCCAUGUCACUCCUGUUGACAACAAGGUUUGGUCUCCAUUUGCUGGAAAGCCCAUGAGCGGAUCAGUCCAUCGUGUUGUUCUCCGUGGUACCACUCUCUUCUUGGAUGGAUCCAACAUCUCUCAAGGCAAGGAAGGUCGCAACGUUUCUGCUCUUUCCCACAGCCUCAAGUCCUCCAAGACUCCCGUCAGAGCUCCUAAGGAUGUUAAGCGCGAGAAGUCUGACGUUGUUGGUCCUCAAGCUGACAACGAGCCCCUCAAGGCCAGCGAUGAUCAACUCGUUCCUUACCAGAGCGCUGAUAGUUAUGAGAUCUCUGCUUCCUUGGCUCGCUUGGUUAGCCGAUCUCCCUUCUACCGCAAGCAUAUCCUUCGCUCUAAGCAAUUCGACCGCAAUGAUUUGCACAUGCUCUUUGGUGUUGCUGCUGAGAUGAGAACUUUGGUUCAACGAUAUGGAUCUAUCAACUUGAUGCAAGGCCGUGUUAUGACCACCAUGUUCUUCGAAGCUUCCACUCGCACCUCUUCAUCUUUCGAAGCUGCUAUGCUUCGUCUCGGAGGUCAAGUUGUUUCUGUCAGUGGUACCACUUCAUCUGUUCAAAAGGGUGAAUCCUUGGCUGAUACUGUCCGCACUCUUGGUUGCUAUGGUGAUCUCAUUGUCCUUCGUCAUCCUCAACCUGGUUCUGCUGACGUCGCUGCCAAGUACAGCAAGGUUCCUAUCAUCAAUGCUGGUGACGGUAUUGGCGAACACCCUACUCAAGCUUUCUUGGAUGUCUUCACCAUUCGUGAAGAAUUGGGUACUGUCAAUGGUUUGACUAUCACUCUUGUUGGUGACUUGAAGAACGGACGUACUGUUCACUCUCUUGUUCGCAUCUUGGCUUACUACCAAGUCACCUUGAACUUCGUUGCUCCCGAAUCUCUUCGUUUGCCCGACGAUGUCAAGACUGAGCUCUCCCGCUCUGGUGUCAAGAUGAACGAGUACACUAGCUUGGAUGAUGUCAUUGGUGAGACUGAUGUUCUCUACAUGACUCGUGUUCAGAAGGAACGAUUCACCAACGAAGAGGAGUACAAUCGCGUCAAGGAUGCAUACAUCAUCAACAACAACGUCUUGUCCAAGGCCAAGUCUCAAAUGAUUCUCAUGCAUCCUUUGCCCCGUGUCAAUGAAAUUGACCCUGAAGUUGAUUUCGAUCAAAGAGCCGCUUACUUCCGUCAAAUGCGUUACGGACUUUACGUUAGAAUGGCUCUUCUUGCUUUGGUGCUCGGCACUUUGGCUUAAAUAUGGAAUCCAAUAUUUUACUUUUUUCAUUUCCUUUUUUUAUUACCCGUACUCGGGAGUUGUUUAUAGAGUAUUAUCGAAUUAAAAUGCACUUUUGUAACAUGCACU